AUGAUCGGCGGCCUGCUCGACGGCGUCUUCGGGCAGAAGGACGCCGAGGUCACGGACACGGUGUUCUUCGACAUCUCCAUCGGCGACGGCGCGGCCGAGCGCGUCGAGUUCGGCCUCUACGGGUCGACGGUGCCAAAGACCGUCGAGAACUUCAAGAAGCUCUGCACCGGCGAGCCCGGCUUCGGCUACAAGGGCAGCAAGUUCCAUCGCAUCAUCCCCGGCUUCAUGUGCCAGGGCGGCGACUUCACGUCCGGCGACGGCCGCGGCGGCAAGUCCAUCUGGGGCGGCAAGUUCGACGACGAGAACUUCGACCUCGUGCACAACGGCUUCGGCACGCUGUCCAUGGCGAACGCGGGCCCGAACUCCAACGGCUCGCAAUUCUUCAUCUGCGUCGACGACACGCCCUGGCUCAACGGCAAGCACGUCGUCUUCGGCAAGAUCACGGCCGGGGGCGACACCGUCGCGAAGAUGACUGACGUGGGCUCCGCGAACGGCAUGACGUCCAAGGCCGUCAAGAUCGUCGACUGCGGCGCGCUCUAG